AUUACAUUUAAAAUAAAAUAUUUAUAUUGUUGUUUAUUUUAUAAUAUUUAUAAAAAAAUCGUUAAUCAAAAAAUGUGUAUGUAACAAAAAUAUAUACAACUGAUUAAAUAUAUGGUAUGAAAUUGCACGUGAAAUAUAAAAAAUUUAAAUAAUAAAAGAACAUAUUUGUUAGAUUUUAACGAAAAUGAGAGUUUUAGCACUACUUUCUACAUUUACAGUUAUCAUUAGCUCAAUUUUCUUCCCAAUCCUGGUAGAAUCAAUUGAAGAUGGAGUGAACCUAUGGACCAUUGCAAAACACAUAGACGUUCCAACAUUAUCGAGAUUUCUCGCAUUUAGAAACUUCUUAUCAAGUGAAAAUUAUGAAUUACAACCAAAAUUUAGACAAGGAUGGAUUUACAAGUCAAAAUUAUUGGACAAUUGGACAAGAAGAUUAGGAAUGUAUGGGUACGGAAUUUCAGUGAUAAAUUCACGUGGUGACGGAAAUUGCUUGUUUUAUGCACUUCGGACAGUAUUACACCUUAAUAAUAUAACAAACAAAGAUCUGCUAGGAUACCUUAACCCAGACCUGGACCCUGCGGUUGAGGUUGCAGUAAGGGGUCUCCUAGAGGGAGAUGAGUUAAUAUCUGUUUUAGAUCUAAAAAGAAUUAGCCACAUAUUUUGGUUAGGUUUUGAUCCCAAUGAUGACGAAUCUUAUCAACUUGGUGACAUGGAAGCAUUAAAAGCCAAAAUAGAACACAUGAGUGAAAUACAACCUGCUGUACAAGAUUCGGAUGGGAAUUUAGGAGUUGUGGCUGGAAUGCUGAUUGCAGGACUAAAUAUGAUAGGGUUCCGUCAAAGGAUGGAAACUGAAAGUGACAAAAGAGCGGUUGCUCAAGAUUUAUUUAAAGCGAUGGAAGAAAAAAUCCCCCAAAGGUUUGGAGAUCAUGUGGACAUACGACACCUGCAAUUCACAUUUCAAAUGACCGUGUUAUUAUUUAAUAGAGAGAAAACAGAAAUCAAUUGUAUGACAAAACAUUACGAUUAUAAUCCAAAAUUCAUAAUGACAAUUUAUUAUUCGGAUAAUAGCCACUACGACGUAGUAGGAAUUUACAGAUUAGGGACACAGGAUCCGAGCCAAAUAAAGACCAUGUUUCAAAUCAAUGAAAUUCCAAUGCCACUCAUCAUGUUUAUUUCAGAAGACUGUAAUUCAACAUAA